CUCCUGCUGACCUCAUCCUGUGAGCAUCCAGAUCUUGCAGCUCAGAGAAGCUACCCUUUUGCAGUCUAAUUGUUUCUCUCUAGCUUUCAACUGAAAGAAGUGACCACAAAGAAUUGAACAGCACACCCAGAAAUGAAUUGGGUGAAAGGAAACAACACAAGAGAAGAAACCCAAAAAAAAAGAGAAUGAGAGCUCACCAAAUGAGCUUCUUUUUGAUACUCUCACUGGUUACAUCUUUCGUGGUCCAAUUUACAGCAGGAGCAGAACCCAAAAUUCAGUCUUCGAUUGCUAACGAAAUUCACAGAAGAAUUCUGCACCAGCCAUUGUUUCCGACGAGUUCGGCACCGCCACCGGCUCCAGAAUCACUGCCACCACCACCGCCACCACCGGCAAGUCAGGUUUUCACAAAUCCAGACCAGCCAUUCUUCCCGGAAGUUCCCACUGGACAGACACCGGAUCAGACCCAAUCACCACCAGCACCAGUCCAUGGCACCACCGCCAUCACAGCCCCAAACCCAAUUGCCACACAGCCAGCCAAACCAGCCAAAAAAGUGGCAAUUGCAAUAUCAGUGGGAAUCGUCACUCUAGGGAUGUUGUCAGCAUUGGCAUUCUAUCUCUAUCGCCACCGCGUAAAACACACCGGCGAGACCCAAAAACUCGUCAGAGACAAUUCACAAACACCUGGCGACGAGUCAAGAAUGCCUCCUCAAUCUACUUUUCUGUACAUUGGUACAGUUGAACCAUCCAGCCGGAGAUCGGUCGGAGAGACCAACGGAGGAAAUGUGUCCCCUUACCGGAAACUGAGCUCAGUGAAAAGAUCGGAACGGUAUAGGCCGAGUCCUGAUCUUCAGCCACUGCCACCGUUGAGUAAGCCACCACCACCACCAAGAAUGAGUUCGCCGCCACCCAUGUCAUCAUCGGAUGAGGAGAGCCAUGACACUGCGUUUUACACGCCACAGUGCUCGUCGAUGAGCAACGAGGAAGGGUAUUACACUCCCAGUUCACGCCAGAGUUAUCAGGGCAAUAAUUUCAGGAUGAUGACUCAAGUGAGAACUGAGACUCCUGUCGCCAAUUCUGUUCCUCAUUCUAAGAGAACCUCACCAAAAUCGCGCCUUUCUUCAUCACCUCCUGAUACAAAACAUGCCAUCAUACCGUCAAUUGGGCAGCCUACAGCUCCGCCGCCGCCCCCACCACCACCACCACCAUUUCCUCCGCCGCUGCCGCAACAGCAUCAAGUCCAGUACAAUCAACCCACAAUGCCAUAUUCACCCAAAAGGCCGAAAUUUGCAUCACCACCUCCACCACCAGAUAUGGCACGUCUUCAGUGGAUAAAUAAUCAAUCCCCACAGAAAUCUAGAGGGCCAGUUCCACCUCCACCUCCACCGCCACCGCCACCACCACUGCCACCGCCACUAUCAACAAAACCAAAAUUAGGAUGUUCAGACAUAACUGCACCAUCACUGGCUUUCCAUCAAUUGAGAAAACCACAACCAAGGAGUCCUACAGCCAAGGCAACUCCUGUGACUGAGAAAACAAAACCUGUCGAAGAGUUAAACAAAGGUGCCAGUUCUUCUGAGAAAAAUGAUGAUUUGGAUGGAUCAAAACCCAAGUUAAAGCCUCUCCACUGGGACAAAGUACGGGCAGCCUCCGACCGAGCCACAGUGUGGGACCAGCUAAAAUCAAGCUCCUUUCAAUUGAAUGAGGACAUGAUAGAGUCUCUUUUUGGAUGUAAUCCCACAAGCUCAAUUCCAAAACAAGCCAGCAGAAAAUCAGUUCUCACUCCUAUUGAACAAGAAAACAGAGUAUUGGACCCAAAGAAGUCACAGAACAUAGCCAUACUAUUAAGAGCAUUGAAUGUGACAAGGGAGGAGGUUUCUGAGGCACUUCUAGAUGGAAAUCCAGAAGGCUUGGGUGCUGAGCUUUUGGAAACUUUGGUGAAAAUGGCUCCAACCAAGGAGGAAGAAAUAAAACUAAGAGACUACAGUGGUGCCAUAUCAAGAUUGGGCUCUGCUGAGCGAUUUCUCAAGGCAGUACUUGAUGUACCAUUUGCCUUUAAAAGAGUUGAAGCCAUGCUAUACAGAGCCAACUUUGAUACAGAAGUAAAGUACUUGAGGAAGUCCUUUCAAACUCUAGAGGCAGCAAGUGAAGAAUUGAAGAACAGUCGGUUAUUCCUUAAACUCCUUGAAGCUGUUCUGAGGACAGGAAAUCGUAUGAACGUCGGGACUAACCGUGGUGAUGCAACAGCUUUCAAACUUGAUACCUUGUUGAAGUUGGUAGAUAUAAAGGGAACAGAUGGAAAGACAACUUUGCUCCACUUUGUUGUCAAAGAGAUUAUCAGAUCAGAAGGUGCAGGUUCAGACCCUAGUACUGAAGAACUUCCAAAUCAAAUGAAUUCGAAAGUGAAAGAGGAGGAUUUCAAGAAACAAGGAUUCCAGGUUGUUUCAGGGUUGAGCAGAGAACUUGGCAAUGUCAAAAAAGCAGCAGGAAUGGAUUCAGAUGUCUUGAGUAGCUAUGUAUCAAAGCUUGAGAUGGGGCUUGAGAAAAUCACAUUGGUUUUGCAAUAUGAAAAACCAAAUAUGCAAGGGAAAUUCUUUGAAUCGAUGAAAAUUUUCAUCAAAGAGGCAGAAGAGGAAAUCAACACUGUAAAAGCUGAAGAAAGAAAGGCUUUGUCCUUGGUGCAAGGGGUAACACAGUAUUUUCAUGGUGACACUGCUAAAGAGGGAGCACAUCCUUUCAGAAUUUUCAUGAUCGUAAGAGAUUUUCUAUCCAUUCUGGAUAAUGUGUGCAAGGAAGUCGGGAGGAUGCAGGAUAAGACAACGGUGGGUUCUGCAAGAUCAUUCAGGAUACCUGCAACUACACCACUACCAGUCCUUAACAGAUACAAUGUGAGACAAGAUAGGAGUUCAGAUGAAGAAAGCUUAUCACCAUAAAACAUCCGCAAAUAAGACAUCAGUGUCGCAUGAAAAGCCCAUCAUGACUUCGUUACAAGCAAGUCAGCGGAGUAGAAUGAUUACUACUCUGACUUGUAAGAGAAAUCCCACACUACAUUCGGGGAAAUAACCUCACGUCAAAGAGUCAGCCUUCAUCCGAAAUAAGAAAACGAAAAUGGUAUGAGCCCCAGAAAAAAAUGCAGAAUCUAUAGGUUGAAUAUGAGUAAGAACAUGAAUAAGAAGAAGCAGUGUGAAGUUCCAUGAAUAAGAAGAAGAAGCAGUAUGAGGUUCCAUGCGACCACAAAAAGGAAGGUAAUCAAAAUUCACACACCCAGAAUCCAACUAAACACAAAUAGAGAUAGGAAAUAGUUUUCUUCAAUUACAUACAUCUGCAGGGGAACAUCAUGUUAUGG